AUGGGUUCUUUCAACUCACCGCGCCCCGCCUCCCACGCGACCCAGGUGAUCGAGGAGGCCCAGAGCGAGAUCGCCACGGCCGUGUCCAGCUCCCUGGCCAGGGUGGCCAACAACCAGGGCACCGCGCUGGCGGAGGCCUUAGCCUCCGCCAAGGCCGUCGCCACGGGCUACGUCAAGGUCGUCGUCAGCGCCGGCGUGGAGGUCUCGGGCACGAGCGGAGGCUCGGACGCGUGCGGCUCUGCGCAGGCGUCCGGGGAGGGCGAGGCGACGGCGACGGCGGAGGCGGUGGCGCGGGGACUGGCGCAGGCCAACGUGGGGGUGACGGAGGCGCAAGCGGACGGGGUGGCCGAAGCAGUCAGGACCGCCUCGCUGCAGGUAUUUGCAAGCGCUUUUGCUGAGGCCUGCGUAACGCAAGGCGACGCCAUCGCGUUUCAGAGGGUGGAGGCGGAAGGCUACAUAUGCGUGGUCGCGGAAGCCCUUGUCGCGCUGUACGCAACAGUGGAAG